CCGCAGGUCACUGAGGCUCCGAAGGAACUGGCGGAAACGACCUUUACAAGAUGGCGGCCGAGGCGGACGGGCUGCUCAAACGGGUGCUGGUGCCGCUUCUUUUACCUGAGAAAUGCUACGACCAAUUUUUCGUCCAGUGGGAUUUGCUUCACGUCCCCUGCCUGAAGAUUCUCCUCAGCAAAGGCCUGGGGCUGGGCAUUGUAGCUGGGUCGCUGCUGGUGAAACUGCCUCAGGUGUUUAAAAUCCUCGGAGCCAAGAGUGCGGAAGGGCUGAGCCUGCAGUCAGUCAUGCUGGAACUAGUGGCGUUGACUGGGACCAUGGUCUACAGCAUUGUCAACCACUUCCCCUUCAGCUCUUGGGGUGAAGCACUAUUCCUGAUGCUCCAGACGGUCACCAUCUGCUUCCUGGUCCUGCACUACAGAGGACAAACUGUGAAAGGUGUGGCUUUCCUAGUGUGUUACGCUCUGGUCCUGCUGAUACUGCUUUCACCACUGACGCCCCUGGCCGUGAUCACCAUACUCCAGGCCUCCAAUAUGCCUUCUGUGGUGGUGGGGAAGCUGCUCCAAGCAGCCACCAACUACCGCAAUGGGCACACCGGCCAGCUCUCGGCCAUCACAGUCCUUUUGCUCUUUGGGGGCUCCCUGGCCCGAAUCUUCACCUCCAUUCAGGAAACUGGAGAUCCCCUCAUGGCUGGAACCUUUGUGGUCUCUUCCCUCUGUAACGGCCUUAUUGCUGCCCAGCUGCUCUUCUACUGGAAUGUAAAGGCUCCUCACAAGAAGAAAAAAGAGUAGUAGGGCUGAUCCAGCUACUAGAGUCCAUUCCAUGUUUCUAUUCAUCCACCUAAUCUCAGGGUCCUUCUGAGCCAGCCUGCUGGUGUGACUUUUAAUCAUUCCCCAUUUCUCUGCAGAUGCAACUUUUUGAGCCAGCAUUUGUGUUUCUGUGGAAAGGCAUAG